AUGCCUUGUGAGUCCUUUCUUCGUCUCUACACAGCCGCCUCUGAGCUCGGCGAAGCAAUCCUUGUGGAGGAUUCCUGGAUCAAUGCCCAGGCUAACACCUAUGACAUUACCGAGCUCGAAGAUUGCGCCAUUGCCGUCGAUGCUUCUUAUUACCUGAGUCUUCUCCUGGACACCCAACCUUCCCACGAGCCCCUGCUCACUGCGCUCGGCGGGUUGACCGGUAUUCAGUUUAAUAUUCGGCAAAAUCUAGACCUUUGGGACAAGCAUCGAAUUAUCCCCUUCUUCAUCUUCGACGGCCAAUCCAUCGUUGGGCAGGAUGAAAUUGCUCUUAAGCGAGGCAGAGCCGCGAACCAGAAGACGGAUCAAGCAUGGGAGUUGUACUCGCAGACCGAGGCCGAGCAAGCUGUCACUGCAUUUGGAGCCAACCCAGGAAAGCUGGCCUACUUUGAGAUGAUCGACACGGAUCAAUGCGCUGGUGUCAUGGGUCCCCAAGAACUGCUUCUCUACCCUGUUCAGGACUCUGUCAUUCGAAACAUGGACUGGGACGCUGGAACAGUGACCGCCAUCUCAAAGAAGAGGGUCAUGCGUGCCCUCGGAGUUGGCGAACCCAUGUUUGUCGACGCCAUGCUCAUGACGGGAACUUCGUUCCUCCCCCCAUUUCCCCCACUGCAAGACACGGCCAUGUAUCCGAAUCCGUAUACCAUCAUGGACGCUGUUAACAUCUUGCGGACGUCAGAGAAGACGGUGGCCAAUGCCUGCGCGUCGUUCAACGAUAUUUUGCAGGCGCAUGAUCCCAACUGGUUGGACAAGUACCGCAAAGCCAGAAUGGCGGCCCAACAUUUCAUCUACAUCGCCGACAAUGGCGAAAUUAAAGUCAACGACUUUGAGCGCCUCACGAAAGAUAGCCACGAAUAUCUUGGCCUUCGGAUGCCCUCGGAAUUGCUUCACUACCUCAAUACUGGACUGAUUGGGCCUCGUAUCCUGAACGCUAUAGCACACGGACAGAUUAUCAUUCUGCCAACUUUGGACGGAACUGCUUCGGAGGAAUACAAGCAGCUUGUUACCAAUCAAAUCCUCCCAAUCAAGGAACAGGCGCUCGGUCUCGUUAUACCCCGAGUCCAUAGAGCGGUUGCGCACAAGGACAUCACCAUGAAGGUUUGGUUUGACCCGAAAUAUAGGCCUACCAUGAAUCACAACUCUAUGCGACCGCUGCCUUCGACAUUGGUAGACACCUGGGACGUCAAAGAGCAAGAUCUCCGCCGUUUCUUCCCUGCAGACUUUGCUGGCCCGGUGUAUCUGGAAGUGCUUGCACUCGCCAACGAGGAGUUCGUGAAAAAGACCUUUGCUAGAGAGAAGGCUAUCAAAGGCAUCGACAGCACUAACAUGGUGGCAUCCGUCGUCAUCUGGCGCUUCCUCCAUCUCAGGGGAUACGUCGACGAUUCGCACAAGCUGACCAAGUGGGGAAAUGCUUUGGCGACCACUCUUAUUGCUAUCAGAGACACUAUGGAGGAUAGGGUGCCCUUUGUAGAAGAGGCUGCUCUGUUGGCGUUUGAAUUGUUGCGAUUCGGACUGUUGAGCGGCAAGUACCGCGAAGGUGCGCCCGGCAUGCCUCGAAAAGGAACAAACGAGGACAAGUCAUGCAUCAUCCUCAUUAGCCAAUGUGCCUCAUUGCUUAAGCUACGGCAUCAAGCGUUUGGAUACACCGGAGCAUUGAAUAAGAGCCUAUUGGGAUUCCGGGCACUAUCCACGACCGUACGCGAGGCCGAUCGCGACUUGGUCGAAGCGAUUGUUGCAUCCAUGUUCUUGUUACCCUUCUGGCAAGAACCAGAUAUCGGGCUUGGCAUCGCGGCUUUGACCUUCUUUGACGAUGAGGAAGCCGGAGACGACAAGGAGGCACGAGCCGCUCGGCUGGAAGCAUUCCAGCAGACUUUCAUCCCCCUAGCAGAGGCAUUCCCAGAAGAUUUGCGAAUUGCCAUUGACUUUGUCAGUGCCCUCAACCAGGGCGUGCAGACGCUAAAUGAUGCCUCUCUCCCCGCAAACGAGAAGUCUGCCUGGACAACAGCUCAAGACUACAUCAACGCACGGCCAUUUUAA